GUAAGGAAGAACAGGAUGUCGCUGGUGUAACCUUGAUACCUGGACCCAAAACACGAACCGGCAACUGAGCCUAGGUAAAGGCGAGGAUAUACACCGUAAUCUCAGUCUCUCUCUACGUGUGAGUGAGAAUGGCGCCGACAGAAACCGUCGGGCAGGUCCUCUCCGCCGCGCUGUUGCUGUUCCUGUCGGCCUCUCCUGUCGGGGGCGUGGUCCUUCUGCCCAACGGGACGCUCGACCUGACGGCGUGCAGCUGCGUUCCCUCGAACCAGUGCAUUCUCCAUCCGUUCCUACCGACGAGUGACAUAGAUUUCCACUGUCCAAAAGGAGGUGAUGUGUGCUGCGUUCCUGAUAGCAUUGUGAUAGGCGCGCCAGCAUGUGAGUGUCGAAUUUCGCGAUGUGCGGAUGCUGUGGCAGGAAAAUGCCCAGUUCCCGGAGAAUUUUGUUGCGAUAAUUCACCUGCCAAUGUUCCCUCCCGCUUCCCUCCCGCGUCUCCUACGGAAGCAGACUGUACUACCCAGGGAACUCGUUUUGGAAGAUGCGUUUUAUACGAUGCUUGCAGGGACCGAUUAGCUAAUGCCUUGAGUACUCUGCCCGCUCAGGAAUUUGUGAACCUCUAUGGCUGCGGACGAAACAGUGACGGACAGUUCCAGGUAUGUUGUCCCUUGGAGUGAUAUGAAGGAAGAAGAGCGAUAGAUGCGAGAUAGAUCAUCUUUCUAUACUUUUUCAAAAGAGAUGAAGAGAUAUAGAUAUGUACGUAUAUUAUCUAUGUACGAAUCCAUACAUAUUCUUCCAUUUUAUUUCACGACCUUGUAUCGGAAUUCUUUAUAUUUUUUCUCAAUAAGUAUUAUAUGUCUGCCCUGUAAUGACCACUUCGUUAACCAAAGAGCAAGGGAGCAAUUCGUUUUAGAAAUAAACUCAUGAUUUCA